AUGGCAACAUUCAAUCUUGGCAAUGGAGGGCCACAUGCCUUCACCGUUAUUAGUGGAUCACCUAACAGCCCAGGCUUUGGAAUACAGCUGAUGUCUGACGCUUUAGAAGUCGGCGGUACAGUGGCGGUCACUGGUCAAAUGCCUAUAUUCGGUACAGUUGCUGUCAACGGUAAUCUUCCAACAGAUGGAUCAGCGUCUGUCAACUAUAGUUGUAGGCGACCGGAAACUGUUUGA